AUGAAUGCUGCAAACUUGAAAAAACUUAUCGAAAUACAUGGCAAAGCACAGAAUGAUUUACAUGAAAUAAAUAUUUAUGUGAAUUUUGUAUUGAAGCAUAGAAAAACGAAGGAAUGUGUGCAUAGAUACGAGCAACUAGCAAACAAGCCUGUAAAGUUUAUAUUGUUCAUAAAGAAAACCCCUGUCCCCAAAACAACAAACCUUCCUGAUACCAUAGUGUAUAACUUAAAUGGAGUAAUAGAAACAGAGGAUGUUCUAGAUUCAUUAGUUGAAAUCAAAAUCAUAAAGGCUGAAAAAAGACAAGUAAGAAAGGAAAAAAUGUUAAAGCUGAUGCAGAAAGGUACCUUAAAGAAGUAUGUUGCUGUAUCGCACCUACUUCAAGGUCUUCACAUAUUUCUUGUAAAACCAGAUAAAAUUUGGGUCAGUGAUGGACGCAGUCUUAUUUUAACAAAUUCUAAAGGUAACAAACUACAUCGUUUAUUUGAUGUAAGUGAAUACUGUGGUGCACAUACAGUAAACAGCGCAGGAGAGCUGAUUUAUGCAGACAAAGACUUGAACAUUAACAAACUAAGUGCAGACAAUACUACAAAGUCGACACUUAUAAAGAGAACAGAACUAUGGGAACCAUGGUGUAUCUGUCAUUCUGCUUCUACUGGAGAUUUGCUGGUCAUGAUGAGAUAUGAUACAAAAAACCCGUCAUACCAUUAUCAGAUGUGA